AUGGCUUCCUCCAGCAGUAUCCAGUCUGAGGAGCAGUUCCAGUGUUCUAUCUGUCUGGAUGUGUUCACUGAUCCAGUCUCUACUCCAUGUGGACACAACUUCUGUAUGACCUGUACCAAAGGAUUCUGGGACACCAGUGACUCCUGUCAGUGUCCAAUGUGUGAGAGGAGUUUUGAGAAGAGACCAGAUCUCUAUGUCAGUACAGUCCUUGCUGAUGUAACUGCUCAGCUUAAGAAGUCAGUUGAGGUGAAGGCCAGCAGUAUCCCACAGAUACCUACUGUUAAAACCAGAGACAUUUCAUGUGACAUCUGCACAGAGGAGAAACUUGUUGCUCUGAAGUCCUGUCUGAUGUGUCUGACCUCUUACUGUGAGACUCACCUGGAGCCUCAUCAGAGAGUCCCAGGCUUGAAGAGACACAAACUGAUUGAUCCUGUGGAGAAUGUGGAGGAUUAUAUCUGUAAGAAACAUGAGAGACCCCUGGAGCUGUUCUGUAGAGAUGAUCAGACAUGUGUGUGUCAGUUCUGUACUGAGGGAGAGCACAGAACUCACAACACUGUUCCCAUAGAGGAGGAGAGUGGAGAGAGGAAGACACAGAUGGGGAAGAUGCGGACUGAAGUCCAGCAGAUGAUCCAGGACAGACUGAAGAAGAUUGAAGAGAUCAGACACUCAGUAGAGAUCAAUGAAAAAAACACAGAGAAACAGAAAGCAGAAAGUACAGAGAUCUUCAUUGCUCUUAUGAGAUCCAUUGAGAGAGUCCAAGCUGAUCUGAUUGAGUUGAUGGAGGAGAAACAGAAAACAGCAGAGAAGGAGGCUGAAGGAGUCAUUAAAGAACUGCAGCAGGAAAUCAGUGAUUUAAAGAGGAGAGACACUGAGCUGGAGCAGCUCUCACAAAGUGAAAACCUCCUCCACCUCCUACAGAUUUACCCAUCUGUAUGCAGCCCUCCACAAUCCAAGAACUGGACUGACAUCAGUAUUAAGAGUGCUGUGAGUGUGGACUAUCUGAGGCGAUCUCUGACUCAGCUGGAGGAAUCAUUCAAUAAGACAAUGGAGAAGAUAACAGAGAUAGAACUGAGGAUGGUUCAGCAAUAUGCAGUGGAUGUGAUUCUGGAUCCCGACACUGCCAAUCCCUACCUCAUCCUGUCCGAUGACGGAAAACGAGUGAGAUGUGGCAUGACUCCGCUGGAUCUCCCCGACAACCCUGAGAGAUUUGCUUAUCAGUUCUGCGUCCUGGGGAAGGAGGGGUUCUCCUCGGGGCGAUUUUACUACGAGGUGCAGGUCACAGGGAAGACUAACUGGCGUUUAGGAGUGGCCAGAGAGUCCAUUAACAGGAAGAGGGAUUUCGAGCAGAGCUUUAAAGAUGGGCUCUGGUCUCUGAGUCUAAGCCAAGGGGAUGAGUAUAAAGCUCUAGAUUCCCACUAUUUCCGCUCCUCUCUGAAACAGAAACCCCAGAAGGUGGGGGUAUUUGUGGAUUAUGAGGAGGGUGUGGUCUCCUUUUAUGAUGUGAUGGCCAGGUCUCAUAUCUACUCUUUCACUGGUCAGACUUUUGCUGAGGAACUCUAUCCGUACUUCAACCCCGAUUACACUUCUGGGGGUAACUCAGCUCCAUUGGUCAUCACUCCUGUCAGUCACACUGAAUGA